CGGUUCAGGUGAAUCGUUUACAUGCAAACAUCAUUAAAGAUUUAAGUUUUUCGAUAUUUUCGACAAGUUUUCUUUCAAAAAUUAUUUUUCGAAUGUCUCAUUGAAAGUGAAAAUGCAGCUGAACAUUUUAAUAACAUUUAUUAUAGCUUUCAUCUAUGUCGAUGCCGCUAAGGAUUCCAAAUGUGAAAUUCCAAAAGUCCUGCAAGGAACUUGGUUCAGUUGGGAGAAGGGCAAAUCUACGACAACCACAAUUGAUGCAUGGUCAUACCAGCGAGGUGGUGCAAGGCUCGAAUGCUUGGAUAGUAUCCGGAAUGGGUCAGACCAUACGUUUAUCUUCAAGGGCAAUGCCGACUGCUAUACCUGUUUGAAAGCGUUUCCGCGUACGGUGAACGUAUUGGAAAAGUUUGAGAUUUCCUGUGUAACUUUGGAUAAAAAUGAAGAACCAACAAUCGAAAGAAUUUGUCGAGGGCUCCGACAAGAUCAACAGUUGAUGACCCUGUUUAAUAAGAAUUUUGUUCCAAUAAGUUGUCGGUCUUCCCUGGAAGGAGUAUGGCAGUUUGCCUAUCAGAACCGUUUCCGUUUUACUGGAGAAUGCGAUAGCCAAGAUGCACGUAUUCAGUCAUGUCAGACUCCGGGCACGCAAUUUUUGAUUCAGAAUCAAAAAUUCAAUAUUACCUACCGCCAAUGUCAGGGCAUGGACGGAACGUUUAACGGUGUGGUGGAAUUCAGUUGUCUGGGAGACUGGUUUAUUGGUAAGAACCACUACUUUGCCGUUGUGAAUACUAAGGAAUCCCGAGAGGAUGAAAAAUAUCGUUGCUUUCUGAAAAAUCGAGACGAUGAUCUGUAUAUCGGAGCAUCGAUUACGGCGGAAUGUAACACGUUGAAAACGGUGGAAAAGUCUCCCGAACGUUACCGAGUUACACCGGUAAAGUCGGAAGUUGUGGAACCAGGUUGCAGAUUUCCGCAAAAUUUCACCGGUGAUUGGAUUAACACAGCCAACGUCGAUGCCGAAGUAAUGAUCAACGAAACACACAUAAUCGAAACGUACUAUCCCGAUAGGGCACGUUACCGUAGAACGGUAUAUGUAUGUCGCGAGCAACGUGACACCAGGAUCAUGAUGGCCCGUUUAACGGUUGAUGGUUGUCAAAAAGAUUUCAUUUGCUUUGAUUUCGUUCCCCGGCACCAUAAUGUGAUUCGGUAUCGAAGAGGAUUAGCAGUCAUCAAGGACGAUUUCAGCACAGUUUGCUCGUGGGUACAGUUUCCGAACAAGGAAGAGUGGCGAUAUGAUUUGUUCUUGGCCGCAAAACCUGUCCCUGUGCGUUGUCCCGUGGCUGGCAAGUUUAACUUUACCCAAAAGGGAGAAUCACCCUUCAAAACGAGAAUUCUUGGUGGUGUAACGCUUAGUCCUCGACCGGAUAUUCGCUGCAAGCAAAAUAUUUCCGAUUUCUCCGUGUGCGAUACCGAUCAGAAAGAAAUGGCCAUCGAUGCCAAUUACUGUCUGUCGGUAGAUCAUCUUGGUCGCCCUGUGGAUAUUUAUAGCGAUCCUGAUUACCGUAUGAAAUGUAUUGGCUACUGGCAGGAGAAUUUGAGAUCAUAUCUCAUCACCUAUGACGACCUUGAUCCGCUGUCCAAGUAUCGUUGCUGGGUGUACCAGCGAGCUGAUUUGAACCGAGUUCUGAUGUCACAAGCUGUAGGUGCAUUCUGUAACGUGAAGCAGGACGUCACCUCAUGGAACUAUACGGAAGGAGCGGUAGUAGCCAUCGAUAUGUUCGAAUACGAGCGUGAACGUGAUCAGUGUCCAAUGCACUUCGACGACGGCUCGAAUCCUUGGCAGGGGACGGAGAAUUACAUAAAGGUAUUUCCGUGGUUGAUUUACCGGAGUGCCACCAACACCAUCGGUGCCUCGAUGAAUGCGUUUGUGCUGUCGCUGGCGGCAUUGUUGCUAAAGUUGCUGUAUUAGGAAAGCAGUAUUCAGUCCGUUAGCAAAUUCCAGGGAGCUUAGUAUCGUUCCAGUAGUAAGGAUCGUUAUUAUUGAAUAGUUCAUAUCACAGUUUCGAUCGAAAGACUUAGUUCGACUCAGUGAAAUGUUCAUUUGAUAAUGCCGACGUAUUCUAAAAUAGAAUACCCAACAUUCUGAUUCGAACGAAAAAUCGAUAUUUCGUGUUUAAGAAUAACGUCUAAGGAAAAAACAAAUCUCAUGUUUUAGAAACCCGUCCGUCCAGAGUUCAGGUCAUAGAAUAAGUGUACACUCAUGUGCCUUUUAAGAGUAUUGCAUGUUAUAAGGUCUACCAAGUAAUUAAGGCAUUUUAUUGACAAUUGAGCAUUAAGUCGUUUAAGUCUAUUGUAAAGUAAUAAAACUUUAGGAAUAUAUUUGAUUUAAUGGUUCAUUUUUUAAUAAAUUUU